AUGAAGGCCAUACGACGCUCUUUGAAGGGCGAGAAAGAUACUCGACCGCUACAUACCUCAAUACCCGCCAAAUCCGCAAUUGCCAUACAACCGCCGAAGAAGUGGUCGCCGCGCCAGGUCAUAAAAGCAAAAUAUGACUACAACCCGAAUCCGGAACACACCCAAGGGUUGGCCUUUUCUAAGGGUGACUUCUUCCACGUCAUUAGCAGGGAGGACGACACGGAAUGGUAUGAAGCAUGCAACCCCAUAUCCGGCUCGAGGGGCCUUGUGCCGGUAUCUUAUUUCGAACAUGUCUUCAAAACGGAGAGGCAAAGUGGGGGGUCCGUUCAGUCCGCAGCGAGCAACGCAAUGCCGGCGCAAAUGGAUCAACCACAGUCGGAGAAAGCUGGCAGCGGCCAGCCAAGCUCAGGAUCAGUGGGGAGGAAAUCGGGACAGCAGAUACGCUUGUCAGCUUUAGGGAAGAGUACUGGAGCGAUGGUAUACGGCGUGGUAAUGUACGACUUCAAAGCGGAAAGGCCGGAUGAGCUGGCUGCAGAGGCAGGGGAAUCAAUCAUAAUAAUUGCACAGUCGAACCCGGAAUGGUUCGUGGCGAAGCCAAUCAAACGCCUUGGAGGGCCUGGACUGAUCCCUGUCACCUUCAUCGAGAUCCGGGAUAUGAACACUGGGGACGCCGUCGUUGAUCCCCAUGAGGCAGUCCAAAGGGCGGGUGUUCCGAAGGUGGAAGAAUGGAAGCGGCUCGCUGCAAAUUACAAGAACAGUAGCAUACCGCUCGGCAAGAUUUCAGAUGGGGGACUCUCCUCAACCCAGAAUGGUAUGGACCGGAUGAGCUUAAGCAGUCAACAUACCCCUGGCACGAACGGGGGCUUUCACCAAAGGCAACCGAGCCGAAACAUGCAGAACAAUCAUGACCGGCAAUCUCAGCGACUGAAUCUUGCGCCCACCUCUGCCACCAUCCCUCGAUACAUAUUCGAAAAUGAUAAGUACUGGUACAUUAUCGAGUGCCAAAUGGAGGACGGUCGCUGGUGGGAGCUUUCGCGGACGUACCAGAAAUUCUACGAUUUCCAGAUUGCGCUCCUUCAGCAAUUCCCAAAAGAGGCUCAAACCCCUCCGGGAGGCAAGCGAGUACUGCCUUUCAUGCCUGGCCCAGUCACGUACGUCACAGACGCGAUCUCGAAUGGCCGAAGAGAGAGUCUCAACACCUACGUCAAAGAGCUUCUAGCUCUUGCACCGUACAUAUCCCGCUGCGAUCUUGUCCGAGAACUAUUCAACCCUGGAGAUGGCGACUAUGAGCUCGACCCGGAUCGAGUCCAAGAGAACUUCCGGCACUCGGGCGAAUCUCAGUCAGACAUGACCGGUGAGCUCUCGCGGACUGCAUCGCGCCAAUCCUCUCAAGGUCGCAUGAAUGGCGGCGCAAAUGGUGGGCCCACCGCCAGUAUGAAUGGCUACGGGAACAUGGGGCCUCCGCCGCAAAAAGCGGCGCAACCAAACGGCCAGCAACCAGGACACUAUCGUGACGCAUCAGAUAUGAGCUACCACCACCCCGGGCACCAGCAACAAGACAUACGACCGCAGCCAUCUAACCUUACACAAGCAUCAUCCACCCAUUCCUCCGCUCUCAAUGCCUCCUCAACUUCCAUCAACAACCCUGCUCACUCGUCUUCAAACAACAAUGCCAGUAACAGUGGCGGUGCAACAGGCACGGGCAGCGCCAUGAAAAUCAAAGUGAACUUCCAAGACGAAACCAUCGUGAUCCGUGUGCCGUCAGACAUCAGCUUCUCAGCAUUAAGGGACAAAUGCAAGGACCGGCUGAAGAUCUCGGAGCGGGAAGAAGUCAUGCUCUCUUACCGUGACGAGCCCACAGGAGGAAAUUACGAGAUGCUGAGCGACCGUGACUUGGACAUGGCACUGAACCGAAACCAGCGCCUUUUGCUGACUGUCGCUUUUGUCUGA